AUGUCUGGUUUGGAAUCAGGUACAGGUUCUCGCUAUGUCCAUCAGCUACUAGCACCAGAACUGCAGCUCCAAAGAUCACCACAAACCCAACUCAACGCAUCUCAACUCAGGGAUUCUAAACACUUACCAGAGAAAGAAGGAACUGAUCCUGGUGGAGCCACAACCAGUUCAGACGCAGGUAACACUUCAGGACACAGGCCUCGAGGACGUCCGGCAGGCUCGAAGAACAAACCCAAACCACCAAUAAUCAUUACUCGCGACAGUCCAAAUGCGCUGAGAUCCCAUGUACUUGAAAUUUCUUCUGGUUCAGAUAUAGUUGAUUCAGUAUCAAACUAUGCAAGGCGCCGUGGGCGGGGUGUUUGUGUACUCAGUGGAACUGGGGCUGUCACAAAUGUUACAUUGCGGCAACCAGCUGCUCCGGCUGGAAGUGUCAUAACGUUACAUGGGCGGUUCGAGAUUCUGUCUUUAACUGGUUCUUCUCUUCCACCACCAGCGCCUCCGGGAGCUGGUGGCUUGACUAUUUAUCUUGCUGGUGGUCAGGGUCAAGUAGUAGGAGGGAGCGUAGGGGGUCCAUUGAUGGCUUCAGGUCCAGUUGUAUUAAUGGCUGCAUCAUUUGCAAAUGCAGUUUAUGAUAGGUUGCCUCUCGAGGAGGAAGAGCCAGCAGUGCAGGUACACCCAGCAGCUUCACAGUCAUCUUUAGUGACAGGCAGUGGGGGAGGGCAAUUGGGUGAUGGAGGCAGUGGCGGCAACAGUGGUGACGCUAGUGGAACUGGUGGUGGAGGUUUUCCUUUCUAUAAUUUGGGAGCGAACGUGGAAAGUUAUCCUUUUCCAGUUGAUGUAUUCGGUUGGAGUGGUACUGCAACAAGGCCUUCCUUCUAGUCUCUUCACUAUUUAUUCCUAAAAUCAAGUGCAAUGUUUAUAUGUUUUGGAUUAGUUUUUCAUCAUAGGAUUACGGAUAUGAUCAAGAAAAGUCAUCCGGGGUAUCUCGAUUUAGUUUCAUUAUAAAUUGGAAUUGUAUUCCAUAGGAAAAAGAUUAAGUCCUUCAGGAAGCAAAGUCGAUGGCUGCAAAACAAUGAAUCUCGGUUGAAGGCUGAAGCCUGAAGAAUGAUCCAUCAGUAAGUCUGAGUUAUUAUACAAACUAC